AUGGGUCAGAACAUUGCUACCUUGUUCGUUUUUGCCCUAAUUUUACUCCUACCUCAAUCUGAGAGCAUAAACAAGGUGAUUUUUGUCUCGCUUGAUGGCUUCAGACACGACUACCUCGAAAUGGCUGCAGCAAAAGGCAGAAAUAUCUCGGCUUUCGACCACAUCCGCAAACAGGGCUUCCAAGCUGAGGUGCAGAAUGUCAUGCUAACGCUCACAUUCCCUUCUCACUACACCAUGGCAACUGGACGCAAUGUGGAGAACCACGGGCUGGUUGGGAACAAGUUCUAUGAUGAACGGUUAAACAAGUCCUUCAAAUACCCUGACACCAGGAGAAACAUUGAAUCUGAUUGGUUUGAAUACGCAGGUUCUGAACCAAUCUGGCAGACGAAUGAACGCCAUGGUCACCGAAGUUGCGUGUUCCAAUGGGUCGGAAGCGAGGCCCGUGUUCAUGGAAAGAUGCCGUUUGCCACCUCUGGCGUCUACAAAUCGGCGUACACUAUUAGAUGGCGAGUGGACAGAGUUAUAGACUAUAUAUCUCAACCGGAAUUCAACCUCUGCAUGCUAUACUACUACGAACCAGAUAGUUCUGGUCACAGCUACGGUCCAGAUUCUAAGGAGGUGCUGAAUGCUAUUGAACUCGUCAACGAUGGCAUGGCCUACCUACUGCAAAGAAUCGAGAAAAUCCCAAGCCUGAGGGGAAUGGUCAAUGUUGUGGUUUCAUCUGACCAUGGAAUGUCUCAAGUUGAUCCCGUAAACAAAGUCAUUGAUGUCUAUAGUAAGCUGAAAGGCUUGUCGUACAUUGGUGAUGAAGCUGGUGCCAGCAUUGGUUUGUGGCCGAAGAAAAACACCUCCAUCAAACAACUUCACGAUGCCAUAAUGGGUACUCCUCACCUCUCAGUUUACUACAAACAUGAGCUCCCAGAUAGAUAUCACUUUAAAAACAACCACAGAAUCGCGCCAGUGUUCGGUAUUGCUGACCUUGGAUACUUGGUCAAAACCAAUUCGAGAGGCUACUCGAAUUUGUACGGAAUGCACGGAUACGACAACGCCGAGCCGGAAAUGCAUCCAUUUCUGGUGGCGUCUGGACCGGACGUGAAGAAGAUGGAGGGGAUUCAGGAGUUCUACCAGAUCGAUUUCUACCCCUACAUUUGUGCGAUGCUUGGGUUGGACAAGCCGAACAGAAUCGACGGUCGCAUCAGCCGCACUCUGCCGUUCCUUGUGAAUAGACCAAGUGACGAAUUCCUCAACCAGUUCCAACUCUACGCCAUGGGCAUUCUUGUUCCGCACGACUAUCUCGAAAUGGCUGCAGCAAAAGGCAGAAAUAUCUCGGCGUUCGACCACAUCCGCAAACAGGGCUUCCAAGCUGAGGUGCAGAAUGUCAUGCUAACGCUCACAUUUCCCUCUCACUACGCCAUGGCAACUGGACGCAAUGUGGAGAACCACGGGCUGGUUGGGAACAAGUUCUUUGAUGAACGGUUGAACAAAUCCUUCAAGUACAAGGACCCCAGAAGAAACAUGGAAUCUGAUUGGUUUGAAUACGCAGGUGCUGAACCACUCUGGCAAACGAAUGAACGCCAUGGUCACCGAAGCUGUGUGUUCCAGUGGAUUGGAAGUGAGGCUCGGAUUCGUGGCAAGAUGGCUUUCGCGACUGCAGGUCUCUACAAAGAAGCCUACUCUUUAAGAUGGCGAGUUGACAGGGUCCUUGACCAUAUUUCUAAACCGGAAUUCAACUUCUGCAUGUUCUACUUCCACGAGCCAGAUAAGUCUGGACAUAGAUACGGUCCAGAUUCUGAGGAGGUGUUGGAUGCCAUUGAACUCGCUAACGAUGGCAUUGCCUACCUACUGCAGAGAAUCGAAGAAACCCCAAGUCUGAAGGGGAAGAUCAAUGUUGUGGUAUCAUCUGAUCAUGGAAUGACUCAAGUUGAUCCGGUAAACAAGGUCAUUGAUGUCUAUAGUAAGCUGAAAGGCUUGUCGUACAUUGGUGAUACCUCUGCUGCUAGUAUUGGUCUCUGGCCAAAGAAAAACACCUCCAUCAAACAACUUCACGAUGCCAUCAUGAAUACGUCUCAUCUCUCAGUUUACUACAAACAUGAAAUCCCUGAGAGAUAUCACUUUAAAAACAACCGCAGGAUCGCGCCAGUUUUCGGCAUUGCUGAUAAUGGAUACUUAGUUAAAUCUAGCAGUUACAAAUAUUCAAAUUUGUACGGAAUGCACGGAUACGACAACGCCGAGCCUGACAUGCACCCGUUCCUGGUGGCGUUCGGACCAGAUGUGAAGAAGAUGGAGGGGAUUCAGAGGUUCUACCAGAUCGAUCUCUACCCCUACAUCUGUGCGAUGCUUGGAUUGGACAAGCCGAACAAAAUCGAUGGUCGUAUCAGCCGCACACUGCCUUUCCUUGUGAAUAGACCAAGUGACGAAUUCCUCAGCCAGUUCAAACUCUACGAAAUGGGUGUUCUUGUUCCGUGA